AUGCCUGCUGAUUCUCGCAGUGUCGUUAUGACUCCAAAUGAGUUCGAUAUGCCUUACCAAGACAUAACACUGCAAUCAGGUGCUUAUAAGAUAAAAGCCUAUCUGAUAACACACCCCUCAUCACAAACAUCACGUUCACGACCAACUGUGAUAAUCUUCCAUGCCAACGCGGGUAAUAUGGGCCAUCGCCUUCCACUCGCCCAAGUCUUCUACAAAAAUUUAAACACAAAUGUUUUGAUGGUUAGCUACAGAGGUUAUGGAAAGAGUGAAGGUGUGCCUUCUGAAGCUGGUAUACGUAUUGAUGCCAGAGCUGCUCUCAAAUUCAUCCAGCAACAUCCAUUAACGUCAUCAACCAACGUAAUUCUCUAUGGACAGUCAAUUGGUGGAGCUGUGUGCAUAGAUUUGGCUAAAGAUUAUCCAGAUUCUAUUCACGCGCUGAUUUUAGAAAACACUUUUACUAGUAUACCCCAACUCAUUCCCUCUAUCAUUCCCCUCCUCACCCCUUUCACUUUCUUAUGCACUGAAAAAUGGAAUAGCGGCGAAUCUAUAAAGAAAAUUGGAAAAAGUGUACAUACACUCUUCCUUUCAGGUAGACAGGACGAAAUUGUACCAGUGUCUCAUAUGGAGUCUCUCUAUCGUACAGUCAAGGAGGAUAGAGAUGAGAAACUGUCGUCAAUCUGCACGUGGAAAUCAUUUCCCCAUGGUACGCACAACGACACCUGCAUCAGUCCCGAUUAUUGGAAUAGUGUGGCUGAUUUCCUCAACCAAAUAAGCCAAACAAACCAACAGAAAGAGCCUUUAGAAUGGAGUUAUGAGGAGAUUAACAAACAUCAUCUGAUGUAA